CAAAGCUGUUAUAGAUUAUAGAGAUGGAAUCAAAUACAGGAAAGUCACAAUGAUAACAUUUUGCUUAUUACUAUGUAAUGCAAGUUGGAGAUGAAAAGGUCUCUUAUUGACUAUGUGUUCCUAGACAGAAUCACCAGCAUUUCCAGACAAGCACCAGCUCUACAAGGUCAAAAGACACCACAACAAAAUUAAUAAUGGCUAAUUCUUCAAAUGUCUCCUAUGAAUAUCCAGAUGAUUAUAAUAUAUGGGACAAUGAAGACCACCACAACGGAAAAUCUGUUUCCUUAACAUCAUUUCAAAGUGCAGCUUUGUUUAUCCUAAGUGUAGUGUUGGUUCUUGGCGUGCCGGGCAAUUCCUUGGUGGUGUGGAUAACAACAUGUGACAUGAAAAGGUCUGUCAACACAAUAUGGUUUCUCAAUCUGGCCAUUGCUGAUUUACUGUGCUGCCUCUCUGUACCCUUUACAAUAAUGGAGAUUGUCCUGGGUCAGUGGCCAUUGGGACUCGCUACCUGCAAACUGAUACCUUCUAUUCUAUUGAUAAAUAUGUACGCCAGUGUCCUUUUACUGACUGUGAUAAGUAUAGACCGUUGGGCACUGGUUGCAAAACCAGUUUGGUGUCAGAACAGAAGAACAUUGAUGAAGGCAUAUAUGGCAUGCGCAGUUGUGUGGCUGUUGGCUCUUAUUUUAACCAGCCCAUCCUUUGUCUUUAGGAGCUUACAUACAGACAUUAAUAAUGUUAGAACAACUUGUGUAAUGCAUUUCAAUUUUUCUCAAGAGCAUACAGUAAAGGUCAAGCAAUUUAUUGCCAUUUUCCGAUUUUUAAUGGGCUUCAUUAUUCCCUUUGUUGUUAUCACUGUAUGCUAUGGUGUAUUAGUGAGAAAAGUCAGCACGCGCUAUAACAAAUCUGUUAAGACAAUGAAAGUAGUUACUGUAGUGAUUGCAGGCUUCUUUGUCUGUUGGUUCCCAUAUCAUAUAGCUGGUCUUAUACUAGUCACUCAUGCAAGUAAGACAGACAUUUAUGAAAACACAUUGGAAGUAGACCCCAUUUUGGUUAGCUUUGCAAUUAUUAACAGUUGCAUCAAUCCUAUCAUUUAUGUAUUAGCAGGGCAAGACUUGAAAUCCAAGUUUAGGAAAUCCAUCAAAUCAAUAAUGAAGAAUGUACUGGCAGGGGAAGAAAGCCAGUCAUUUGAUUCCAAUAGGAUGAAAUCAAGUUCAGAGACAAAAAACACUGAUGCAUGUGUGUAGUGUAAUUAAUCAAGUUCAUGAAUCACACCUUGAGAUCAAUUUUUGUUGUUGUUAAUUGUUUGGGAAAUCAGACCAGUGCCAUGGGUGGAUUAUUCUUUGUAUUGUACAGUGUGAGAAAGGCAGUCCAUUUAUUGUGGGAAUAGCCCAAGAGACCAGACUCUGCAUUGUACAGUAUGGUGAAGAUCAGACCCAAUAUCAAACAAUUUAUAAGAGAUCAGGUACACUAUUGGACAAUGUGAAGGAAAUCAGGCCCUGUGUUGUACAUUACUGGGGAAAUCAAACCAUGUAUUGUACAGAGUUGGUGAGAACAUACUCACAGUGUAGGAAGUUCAGUACCCAUAUUGUACAGCAAGGGUUGGAUGAAGCCCACAAGAUAAUAUUUGGCAUUGUCCAGUGUGGACUAGAUAAGGCUCAAUUAUAUAACAGUGGGAGGAUCACUGAUUGUACACUUAGAUCUGCAGACUGCUUAUUGUAUAUUCAUGAUUCCCAAUAAAACACGCCCCAAACUUGAUCUAAUAUGUUGUAAGGGGAGAACAGACCUUGUACUAUUCAAAUGUAGGAGAAAACAAAGUCUAUAUCAAUGUGACUGAGUAAUGUACGGAUUUUGCUGAGGUGGGCUUGAACUGUACUGUAAUUUACUUAAUGUUCUGCGCAACAAUAAAUAUUAGACAGUGAAUGGGGUUCAGACCCUGUAAGCCAGAGGCUUGCAGGCUUUUCAGUUCGAGGUCCAAAAUUUGGCCUGGAUCCCAUCGAUCUCCCUCGAUAACAACAAAUCUCAAGAACGUAGCAGAAUAAGUAUUCAUCCCAAAUAUUAUCCUAAAUCACGACAAGUUGUAUAUGAAUGUAAUUUCAGCCAUUAUAUAUAAAUAUGAAUGUGACAAUC